AUGCCAGAGACAGGGGAGGAAGUGACGCCGCCAGAGACGCUCCGGCGUGCUGCUCUGGAGAGCCGCCGUGCCUGCCCUCUUCACCUGAUGAAGGCUGAACUGCCCAGAGCUGCGGAGUCGCCGCAGUUGUGUGCAUCACCGUCGGUCCCAGAGCUCCUUGACCUUGUGCGUGCCGUACGACUGCAGUACAUGCGGUUAGUGGUGGAGAUCGCCGAGGCAUCUGGAACCACAACCUCAGUGGAUGCUCUUGCUACGGCUUCCAAGCAAAUUGAGGCCCUGGCGCACCCCAUUGCCGAGCUGCAGAGAGGCAUUCGAAGCAAAAACUCGCAGUGUGUACGUCUGGCACUGCGUGACCACCUUGCGAAUGAGGUGGAGGCGCGGCGGCGGGCACUCUCACGCAUGGGGGCAGCACUCAGCAUAGCGAGGCAGUGUGGAUGA